GGUCUUCUUUCUCACAUGACAUAACUAGCGAUAACUCUUGUGACUUUAUAGAGAGAGAAAGUCUCUACACAGAGCUCAACAGCUAUGGUGUCUUCUAGGGUUUGUACUCUAUUUCUGUUCUGUGUUUUUGCAAUCUUAUCAUCCAGUGUAUCAAUCUCUUCUGCUACCGAGGCGGAGAAAGAAUAUGUCUUGACUUUGGAUCACUCAAAUUUCUCAGAAGCUGUGGCUAAGCACAAGUUCAUAGUCGUUGAGUUCUAUGCUCCUUGGUGCGGUCACUGUAAGAAUCUUGCUCCAGAGUAUGAAAAGGCUGCAUUUGUGUUGUCAAGCCAUGAGCCUCCAGUUGCUUUGGCCAAGGUUGAUGCCAAUGCUGAAGAAAACAAAGAACUUGCACAGCAAUAUGAGAUUCAAGGUUUCCCUACAAUCAAGAUCUUGAAAAAUGGAGGAGAAACUGUCCAAGACUACAAAGGCCCUCGGGAGGCUGAUGGUAUAGUGGAAUACUUAAAGAAACAAGUAGGUCCUGCAUCAUUUGAAAUAAAAACUCCAGAAGAUGCAGGCAGCCUUAUAGAUGAGAAAAAGGUCUUUGUGGUAGGAAUCUUCCCCAAAUUAUCUGGGGAAGAAUAUGAGAAUUUCACCAUCUUAGCUGAUAAGCUGCGCUCGGACUACGACUUUGGUCACACUACAAACGCAGAACUCCUUCCACGCGGGGAAUCUUCAGUGACCACCCCGACCAUUAGGUUACUGAAGCCAUUUGAUGAACUGUUUGUUGAUUUCCAGACAUUUGAAGUUGAUGCUUUGGAGAAGUUCAUUGGAGAUGCUAGCAUUCCUAUUGUGACACUCUUUGACCAAAGCCCAAACAACCAACCAUUUCUAAUCAAAUACUUUGAAAGUCCCAAUGCUAAGGCAAUGCUGUUUCUGGAUUUCAGUCAUGAGCAAAUCGAUGCUUUCAAGUCGAAAUACAAGGAUGUUGCUAGCGAAUACAAAGGAAAGGGUUUAAAUUUCCUAUUGGGUGAUGUUCAAGCUAGUCAAGCUGCCUUGCAGUAUUUCGGCCUUAAAGAAGACCAAGCACCUGUCCUCGUUGUACAAAACAGUAAUGGUCUGAAGUUCAUCAACUCAAAUGUGGAAGCUGAUCAACUCGCCCCUUGGUUGAAUGACUAUGUGGAUGGAAAAGUGAAGCCGUUUAUAAAGUCGGAGCCGAUUCCUGAAACCAACGAUGAACCUGUGAAGGUGGUGGUUGCUAAUAGCCUCAAAGACAUGGUUUUGGACUCCAAAAAGAACGUUCUACUGGAGAUCUACGCACCAUGGUGUGGACAUUGCAAGAAACUAGCUCCGAUCUUGGAUGAAGUUGCCGUCUCUUUUGAACACGACGCUAGUGUCAUGAUUGCUAAAUUUGAUGGAUCAAACAAUGACAUUCCAAGUGACGCGUUUGAAGUUCAAGGUUACCCGACGCUAUACUUCAGAUCAUCAAGCGGUAAAGUGGUGCCAUAUGAAGGGAACAGGACAAAGGAGGAUAUCAUUGAGUUCAUUCAGAAGAACCGUGAGGACGAAGAGACCAUAAUCCAACCAACCAAAGACGAGCUAUGAAGACUCUGCCUGCCUUUUCCAUCGGUAGUUCAGUUCCAUGUACUCUCUUAGUUAUGAGACUUUUUAAGUUAAAUUGCGGAUUUUUAUAGUUACGGCACUUCCCCUGCUGCACCAAUAACCACCUUCUACUAGAAUCCACCACCACCACCACCACCACCACCACCACCACCACCACCGGUGGAUGCUAUGAAUAAAUAUGUUUGCCUGGAAUGAAACUUGAUAUAAAUAAAAUGGGAACAUGUUAACUUUGAAAAA